GUGGUUAUUGUUAUUUUCAAUUAUCCGGUUUUCAACCUAAGAAGUACUUCACUGCAAUAAAAUCCCCGAAUAAUAAGUAAGGCCACUGCAUGAAAAGCUAAAAAACUAUGCGUCGCACAACUACCGGGACACAACAGGGGUUCCGCCCCGGGCCCGGAGCCGCGCAGCAAGGUUUCAACAAUUUCGACCGCCAGUUCCCCGACGGGCCGAAACCGGGGCUGCAAAUUGGCCAGAAGUUUGCCGUGUCCGCCGCGUGGGCUACUGCUUUUGUGCUCUUCACCGUGGUGUUUUCCGUGUUGUCGUUUUCCUACCACAACUAUCCAUUGCAAAUAUGUCUGGGUCUGGAGAAAUGCAACUUGUGAUGCUACCUUUGGACUCCAAGAAAAUCUGUAUUGCAUGAGUAGCAAAGGGAAUGCAAUUUUUGCUACGCGGAAAGGGCAUUCGUCAUGCGGAUUAGGCAUCAAGAAGCCCUCAAAAAAUGUGUGAUGCCAGGGCAUGCUUCACAGACAUCAGGACUCAUGCAAAACGUGCGUGACAAGUCUCAGAUUCUCGUCCCAGACCCAGACAUAUUUGCAUUUGAUAACAACAAGUUUGACACCUUCACAGUCGCGCUAAUUGGGCUGUUCUUCGCCGCGCUCUAUGGAUUUCCCGGCGGGGAUAUCAAAUGCAAAUAUGUCUGGGUCUGGAAACUUGUAAUGCUGCGCUGGAAACUAGUGAAUGCUCUGUAAUGCACAGCCAAGCAUGAGAAAUAUCUGCGCUUCUUUGUGUUGCGUUUUUCGCAUGACAGCCUGCGUUUUUGCAUGACAGGUAACAGGGUCUCUUCUUGGACACGCAUCACAAACUUUUUGGUCAUGCCAGACAAGCAUGACAAAUCUCGCAAUCUCCCAGACCCAGACAUUUUUACAUUUGAUAGGGGAGGUGCGAGUGAGGCAAACGGUAUGGCGGUGGAUGCCCCUGUUGGCGUGUAGCGGAGCUUAUCAAAUGUAAAAAGUGUCUGGGUCUGGAUCUGGAAGAAUGCGCGAUUUGUGAUGCAGCUUUUCCAGGACCCAUGAGGUCUGGAAUGCAGGACCUAGCAUGACAUAUUCUGUGCGAUCUCUCUCAUGCCUAUCCUGCAUGAGAAACUUCCUCCCGACUUGGUCAAAACUGGACAGCUUUUGGUACGCAUGCAACACAGAUUUUUGCAUGCUUCAGAUUUAGCAUGACAGGUUGCAUUCUUCCAGACCCAGACAUUUUUACAUUUGAUAGAGCUUACGACAAAGGCAAACAUUGGGUUUGGCAUGGGAGAGAAGAUCAUGUUCGGGACAAAAAGAUUUUGGCUUGCGCUGAAAAGAUUUUGAGAUGAGACAUUAUAAGAUUUUGUCUUGCGCUGAAUCUGAACGACAAAGCAGUGGAGGCAUGAUCUUGAUCACAAGCAGCAGUUGAUUGUUUCUACUAAGCCUGAGCUGAUUCAUUUUCGCAGCUGGUGUGAAUGGACUGAAAGUGAAACCCGAUCUCAAAGAACUUCCAAGAGUUGUUCUCUGCCAUGCUUGAUCUCUGUUUGCGCUGCAUAAAAAAGUGUUGCUCGCGGUCUGGCUUGGCGAAACGAACUAUCAUUGGUACGGGUUGUUAAUUUGCUUAUCGGCUUCGGCGCUUUUGUGCAUUUCAUAUUGCAUAAAUCAAUGAAAUCUUCGUCUUCCGAGCAGGACAAGAUUUACUCUCGUAAUUUUCUGGAAAAGCCGUAAGAUGCAUGUUGUACUACAAAUAGUACCGACACCAAACUACACAGGUACCAACGCCAUUUCUUCGACCUGGAGUAUGGCCACCUGCACACCUAUGGAACUGUCAAUAUUGAAAUUAACAAAGUUGAAAUAAUUUGUAAUGCGUAAAAUCUAUACCAGUUAGAAACCGCCCACAGUUUCCAUUCGGCGCAUGACAAAUUUUCCUGGCCCCUGAAGCAGGUCUGUCAUGCUGUUUAGGGCAAGAGGGCUCCUCCCUGUCAUGCUAGUCAGCAACCCAAUUCUUGACCCUUGUAUAAUCUGCCUCCCUUGCGUCCUCUGCAAUAGAGGGAGUCUCUGUGUUGCAUUCUAUGCGUGACAAAUCAUUUUUUCAACUUUGUCGAUUUCAUCGAACCUGACACAUCCAUAACACCGGCGUCGCCGCCACCAACGCAGCACUUAUGUACAAGGACGCUGCGGUAUUGCGUUUCUCCGCUGACUAUGCAUUGCAAAAAUGUCUGGGUCUGGAAGAUUAAAACUUGUCAUGCUAAAUCCGAAUAAUGGAAAAAUCUGUGUUGCAUGAGUGCCAAAAGCUGUCCACUUUCGACCAGGUUGGGAGGUAGUUUCUCAUGCGGGAUAGGCAUGGCAGAGACCUCACAGACUCUGUCAUGCUCGGCGCCGCAUUCCAGACCUCGUGGGUCAUGGAAAAUCUGCAAGACAAAUCUCGCAAUGUUCCAGACCCAGACAUUUUUACAUUUCAUACUGACAGCAGACUCGACUACACGCGGACGCUAUGCAAGAAAAAAACUGUGUAAGUGUAACUCUACUGUAAUGCAGAACAUGCAAGACAGUUACGCCUGUCAUGCCAGACAGCCAUGAAGUUUUUUUUCAAUGUGUGUUUUCCCUUACAAGCCACGCAUGACAGGUUUUCUCUAUCAUGUAGAGGAAGUCUGUGAUGCUGUCAGCCAAAGAAAGUUACACUAACACAGUUGUUUUCUUGGAUAGACGCUCGGCUUGAAAAAGGACGGCAGUACCUACUGCGUCGCCCCCGUGAUGUCCGAUUCCCUGCGGGUGGAGGAUGACAAGCCCUACUCCUUUUGGGCGGUCGGGUUGAACUGCUGCGACGAAAAACUCCGGGAAUUCACCUGCGGCAGCACCGGGCUUGGGAAGGUCUUCGGCAGCGUGGAGGAGCUGGCCGCGACGAAGACGGGGAUUUUGGCAACCUACAGCAGUCUAUCAAAUGCAAAUAUGUCUCUCUGGGUCCGGAAGAUUGCCAGGCUUGCUAUGCACAUUUUGCAUGACUCGUGAGGUCUGUGAUGCAGGUCCUCGCAUCACAGAUUUUUUGAGGGCCUCUUGAUGUUUAUCAGGCAUGAGAAAUUCCUUCUCUGCGUGCAAAGAACUGGACCCCUUUUGCUGCUCAUGCAACACAGAUAGUUUUAGGUUCCGCAGACAGCAUGACAAGUUCCACCCUUCCAGACCCGGACAUAUUUGCAAUGCAUACAGUUUCUCCGAGCAGGGGAUAGACGAGGAGAAGCUCCUGUACCUCAACGCCAUCCGCAUGGCUCGGGCAAGGUUCGCGCUGCCGCAGUGGCCAGCUGGGAAGGACGCAAUAUUCAUGCUGAAUUGGUCCAAGGAUCCGUUUCAGGACAAGACCGAUUUCCGGACAGGCGCGCUGCUCUUCUUCUGGAUUUGGUUUCUCCUUUUCGCGUAUCAAAUGCAAAUAUGUCGGGUCUGGAAGAAUGCUUAGGCUUGUCAUGCAGGUCUUGUUCCAUGACCCAUAAGGUCUGGUAUGUAGGACAGAGCAUGACAGAUUCUGUGAGAUCUUUCUUAUGCCUAUCUUGCAUGAAGAGAAGCAUCCUCGUUGUCCACUUUCGACCAACUACUUGCGAGGCAUGAUUGCCAAAAGUUACCUUUGGCAGUCAUGCAACACAGUUUGUUGCCUGAUUCAGAUUUCGCAUCAUAAGCUUCAAUCUUCCAGACAUCCAGGGAUACUUAUUUGCAAUCCAUUUCGCGGUCGUGUUUCUUCUGCUCGCCUUCUACGCCCGGCCGUCCAGGAAUUCACUAUCCUUUGUAAAAACUUCCCCACCUCAGAGUUGCCAUGCAGAUCUGCCAUGAGCGGAACAUUUGUGAUGCGCAUCCCCACUAUAAGUAGGUAUUUCCAAUCGUGUUUUGGAAUUUGGAAUGCUGGAGAUAGGAUGAGCAGAUGGAUUUGCGAUGCUGCGGUCCUUAGGAACCUGCGCUACGCUACGGGCUGGAACUUGUCAGGCGUGGCUCCCAAAACUCCUGGAUCUGUGUUGCAGUAGAGAUCUCAACUUGACAGGGGUGAUGUGGGGACGUUUUUACAAAGGAUAUUCACCGGCGCAUCCUUUUUUCAUGUAUGACCUGGCGAGGAAACAGGCUCAGAAUGCGGUGAUGUGAUAGUUUUGUCGUUUCUUGAUCCUCGGAGGAGGAGGACCGUGGUCAUGCUGUGACAAAGCUUUACCAUCAAGGGGCAAAAACACGCAGGGUAGAAGACGUCGAGGAAAAAACCUCCUCCGGCAGUGGUGCUGCAUUUAUUGGCACAAUACUGUUUUAUUUCUACUUGUUCAUCCCUUGAUGCAAGUGGAGAAUUUUUCAUCGGCGCAAAAAUGCUGCAGCUCGUCAAUUCUGUUAUUAUACCGUCUUGGACUCAAGUUGACUACAGUGAAAUAAAGCUGGUUGUUUUACUAGCAUAUGCAUAUCCACCAAGAAAGGCGCAUUUGCGACAGACAGAGCCAGAGGAUCGAGAUCGCUUUCGUGGCCAGAUUGUACGAUCUAAAGGUCGUGAUUCUGCAACAGCAAGACUGGU